GCCAGUUAAUCGCUCCCUGCAGGACUCAGAUGUGGAGUGAACGUUACAGGUGGAGCACAGAGAGUCGAGUCUGACCAGACAAACAGAGGCACUUUCAACGGCGUUUAACGUAGAUGCUGACAACUCCCGUUGGCACCAUGAAGAUGAUCUCCUCCAGCACUCCUCAGCAGUAGGCGGGCAGCAUGGCUUCUGCUCCUCCUUCCAGAGAGGACCAAAGUGGCUCAUUAACGCUGCGCUGGAGGCUAACGCCGACAUAGAUCUAUUUUACUCAGUACCAAGACUUCAAACUGAACCGAAGCAGGCUGAGUUCCUCUCUGCUGGCCUGGUUAAACAUAUGUGUGAACUGCCUUUAAAAACAAAGAUGACUUGUGCCAGAGCGUCACAUGUUCAGGAAAGGGCCAUCAACACAGUGUAAUAAUAGCAACAUCUGGACUGAGGCUUUGGACCAUGUUUUGUCUCUGAUUGGGUGCGUUGGUGGCAGAGCUGGACCCUGCAGCUCUUCCACACUUAGAUAAACCUGGACUCUGAGCCAUGUCUCUUCUGACAGUCCUGAGCAUCGUCUGUGGAUGGAUGCUCCAUGUUUCAUUCAGUACCCUCAACACACACUACGGCAUCCCACGACAAACUGUCCCCUACCAGAAUGAGCUGCGGCUGUUCAGGGAAGAAGGGAUCUUCAACUACUCCACCAUGCUAAUGAGGGAUGACCUGGGUGUAGUGCUGCUGGGAGCCCGAGAGGCUAUCUAUGCUCUGGACAUCAACAACAUCUCUGUGAGAAAGGCUGUGGUGUAUUGGCGAGUAACUGAGGAAAAGCAGAGGGAGUGCAAGUACAAGGGAAAACAUCUAGAGGUGGAAUGCCGGAACUACAUCCGAACUCUGCACAGACUGAACGACACUACAAUGUACGUGUGUGGCACCAAUGCUUUUAGCCCCUCCUGUUACCACAUGACGUUUUAUAAUGGACAGCUGAGGCUGGAGGGAAAGCAGGAAGAGGGAAAGGGGAAAUGUCCUUUUGAUCCCUUCCAGAGAUACUCCUCCCUCAUGGUUGGAAAUGACCUGUAUUCUGCUACAUCCAUCAACUUCUUGGGCUCUGAGCCUGUGGUUCUGCGCAGCUCGGACUUGGCUCUCCGCACUGAGUUCAAGAGCUCCUGGCUCAGUGAGCCAAACUUUGUCUACAUGGAAUUUGUGGAUGAGAGUUUUGAUAGUGCUGAAGGCGAUGAUGAUAAAGUGUACUUGUUCUUCAGUGAGAAUGCCAUGGAGUAUGACUUCUACAGCAAAGUAGCAGUGUCUCGAGUGGCCCGUGUCUGCAAGGGGGAUAUGGGAGGCCAGCGGACACUGCAGAGGAAGUGGACUUCGUUCCUGAAGGCUCGUCUAGAUUGUUCCCUCCCUGAACCCAGCCUGCCCCCCAUUGUCCAGGAUGUCUUCCUGCUUAAGCACAAGGACUGGAGGAAGAGCGUCUUUUAUGCUGUCUUUACUCCCCAGUCGAGCUUGUCCCAGGUAUCUGCUGUCUGUGCAUAUGCUGUGUCUGCCAUCCGAGAUAUUUUCAAUGAAGGCAAAUUCAAGACACCUGUUGCUGUGGAGACGUCUCACGUCAAGUGGGUGAUGUACACUGGAGAGGUACCAGUCCCUAGACCGGGAGCGUGCAUUAAUAAUGUGGCCCGUAAAAUGGGGAUGAAUCGCUCUCUGGACUUGCCUGACAAAACCCUCCAGUUCAUCAGGGACCGUCCCCUCAUGGACGAGGCUGUUCGCCCUCUGACAGGAGGGCCGCUGCUGCUCAAGAAGGGAGCUUUGCUGACUCGGAUUGUAGUGGACAGUGUGUUGGCGCUGGAUGGACAACAAUAUGACGUCAUGUUCAUUGGCACUGAAAAUGGUUACAUUCAGAAGGCUGUCAACUACGAUGGAGAAAUGUUCAUCAUCGAGGAAGUUCAACUGUAUGAAAAUCCUUUUCCUAUAAGCAUCCUGCGACUGUCAUCCAGCAAGGGUCAGCUGUAUGCAGGUUCUGAGUUUGGUGCUAUCCAGAUGCCCGUCAGUAACUGCAGCCACUAUGACACAUGUGCAGACUGCAUCCUGGCCAGAGACCCUUAUUGUGCCUGGGACUUCAUCGCCCAGCAGUGCUCCUCAGUCUAUAGCUUAGCAUCGUCUUCAAACCCUGCAUUACAGAGUCUGAAAGAGGGAGAUGUCUCACAGUGUCCUCAGCCAGAGCCGGUAGCAGCUGUGGAUUUCACUCUGGUUCCAGAGAACAACAUCCAGCUGCCUUGCCAACUCCACUCCAAUUUGGCACAGGUCCUCUGGCGCUUCUCUGACCAAACACUUCAGUCCAGCAACAAAUACUACAUCUACAAUGGGGGCCUCCUCAUUCUGAGUGCUUCUAAAUCGGACGCAGGCUUGUACACAUGUGACUCAGUGGAGCAGAUCAAUGGCAGAGCGUACAACCGGACUGUGGCUGUUUAUCGAUUACAGCUCUCCUCUGGCUCAGGAGCAGGGGGCAGCACUACUCCUGGAUAUGGCGUGACAAAUUCCUCAGACUCUAGUAACAGUCUGAAUACAGCUGCACCAGCACCGGGGCCAAACGAGGCCAGUGAGGACCCGCUGUCCCCUGAGAAUCAAAGCGACACUGGCAGGGUGACACGUUUAGAGGUGGCCGUGGCUCUGCUCUCUCUGCUUUGUCUCUCCCUAAUGGGCGUCAUAUUUUGGAUCUGGAACAGAGGGCAUUGGGAAUGCGUCAAGUUUGCAAAACGUUCUGGUGCAAGCGAGGCAAAAAGGCAGUCAGCCGAGUACAUGCAUAUCCCGAACAGAACUUCAGAGAUAAAGCUCCUGGGGCCUGAGUCCGGUAGACCUUGCAGUGCCAAUAAUAAUCACUCUGCUGUUGACUUCAAAGGAAACGGGGAGCACCACUUCACACCUAUGGCCAACAUUUCAAGCCUGGAUGGUCUGGGAUACAUAAACGAUGAGUCAGAGAUUUGACUCUGCUGAGGUAGAGACAUUAGGUGAAGGGCCGACGACAGUGCACUAAUUAACUUCCCAUAGGUGUCCUGCUGUAAAAAGCUUUUCACAUUAUAAAUUCUUUUGAUAGGGGUGCUCUGUCUCCAUGUCAAUUCCUGACAAAGUUCAUCAUUUCUGUACUCUAACUGGGCAGCUGAUGUUCACUAAAGAGAGUUUUCAGGACUUCUGGUGGACUUUUCACUCCAGGAAACAGUUGAAAAUUCAUUUUUGUAUCAGUGUAACUUUUGUAUAAUUAUUGUGAAUACAAUUUGUGUAAAAUAUUGUGUACAGCCAAGACAUUUUUUUCAACCACUAUUUAUUUGACAAUGAAGUUUUUAUUUCAGCAAUUGUAAAACUUGUGAUUGGAGUCUUGAAAAUGUGGCUAAUAAUUACACUGUUAGACUUCCAGUUUGGUCCGUGUAUUUUCUGGCAGUUCCAGCCUCAGAAAACCCAGAGAAACUUUUGUUAUUAUGUUUUUUGCUUUUGACCAAAAAAAUGUAAUAACUUAAAAAAAAAAACUAAAAACAUGUUCAUGUACAUUUUUCAUUUCUAAAAAAAGGAACAACUGAAUAAUAGGCUGUUUUGCAGUUUUUUUUGUUUUAGUCACAAAAAUGGAAACACUGGACACUGCAUCAAUUGUUUUGUACACACAAUAACAAAUAAACCUUUGCACCAAACAUUACAAUCAUAAAAUGUAAAUUUGACUCCUGCUGCAUACAUGGAUAAAUACCUCCAGCAGUCCAGGCUUAUUUAUUCAUAUUUAUUUAUUGUCCCCCUAAUAUUGAUACAGUCCAUUAAUUCACUAAUACAUUUCCAUUGAUAUUAUUUUAAAUACAUUGUAUAGAGCAAAUAGACCUAAUAUUAUACUGUAAAACAUGGUGGAUUGCUUUGAUUUUGACAUGAAGACUUUUAUUUUGAAAUUUGCACCUUUCCCAUGGGGUCAGAUGAUUUCCUUUUCCUCAGGUGUAUCAUUAAAACAGAAAACAAAAUAACAGAACUUGAAGAUAAAAUUGGACCAAGUUUUUCUUAAAUUUGUUUUCAAGUUUUUACCAUUUUCAUUGUAAUCACACAAACAGGAAAACGGAAUGCAACAUAAAAUUAAAAAAUUGGUCCAGUUUCUGUUUGUUGUUUUUCCAAUUCUGUUUUUUGUUUUCUUGUUUUAAAGAAAGACUUGAAGAACAGGAGAAGAUGUGACCCAAUGGGAAAGGUAAACAUUUCAAAUUAAAAGCCUCCAUAUCAAGAUAAAAGCCAACAUAACCACCUACAGUAUAAUAGAGGGCUUUUUUCCUCUAUACAGUGUUUUACAAAUCAUUUAAGUAGUAAAUUUACAGGUGAAUUAAUGGUCUUAAUUAUUUUUAGAAAUAGUUUGAUUACACAUACAAUCCUAAUAAACCUUUCACACCUAAGAAUACAAUCAUGAAUAUUUUUUUUUCACCUUUGGGAUUGAAACAAGAAAAGACGGAGGAAAACAGUUUUUCCCCUGUUUUCAAUUUUAUUAAAAAAAACAAAAACAAAAACCGAGCAAGAUUUUCUCUGUAUUUCUGAAGCUUGUUUGAACCAGCAAUGGACCUGCCUGAAAGUACACUGACCAAGGCUCCUUUUUUCCAUUUUUUCUUUUUUUUUAAUUAACAGGAAAAUGUUUUCUUUAUUUUUUUCUUUACAUUUUCUGUCAAAAAACGAAAAAGCUAGAUAACAAGACUUCCCCUGAAUUUCUGAGGCUGAUUUCAAACAGGAAAUGGAACUGUCUGAAAAUCCACUGACCCGGUUUCCAUGCACAUUUCAUUUGAUGGAUACUGCUGGCAAACUAGGACGAACCUAAUCAAAGGGCAAACUAGCUGUGUAAUAACUCAGUAGUUUGUACUGCUCCCUUCGUUCAGGUUUACAGCUUAAAAUGGACCAUAGAUUUACAUCUACGUUUAGAAAUUCAGACUUUUGUUAGUUGAAAUAGAGUGAACUCAUGCUCUCUGUCUCUUAUCACAAGAUGAUUUCAGAGCUGUAAAUGUUGUCAAAUCAUUGAGAGUGUCAUUGGGAAGUACAAGUGUGGGUGUACAUUUCUGUCAGUGAGCAGACUCUACAUCAGACACAGCAGAUAACAACUCUGUCUUUUGGUGUCAAACUUUGGAAAAUUCAGUCUUUGUUGAUAAUAAAAAAAGGGCUUCCUUGAGA